AUGUCGCCAUAUCCAUAUACCGGAGUCGCGGGGGGUGCCGGGUGGUUGGAGUCGCGGGACGACAACACGGGGUUCAUGCCGCAGGGCAAUUUCAACAGGUCGAGGACUGCCUUCAACUCAACCCAAUUCGCCAACCAGCGAAUGUUCUUCAACGAACUGAAGUUUUCCGCCGCCAAAUCCAUCAGGACCUCGGCCAUCAUUCUGGCCUCUUUCAACAUCAUAGCUGCCUUCGCUACCGCUCUAGGCAUUUUGUGCGAAUCGUACUUCCGGAAGAAGAGGAACGACCGGAAUUUUAGGUUCUGGUAUGAUCCCGAGGCCGAAACCUUCCCUCUCGUGUUAUCCGUCGGCAUCUUUUUUCAAGGCUUCAUCUUCGCUGGCGUUCAGUCUAGGGGAUUGGACAGCCCCCUAGGCAGGGGAUGCAUAUGGAUCGCGCAACUCAUGCUACCUGCCGUAUUUGUUGUCCCCUACUCGCAUCUUGUCUUUGGCGCCGAGAUCGCCAUAAGAGCCCUCCAAAAGAAACCCUUCGCGCCCAGAGGCAAAUACAACGUUUCCAUCUGCCUCUCCAUCCUCGCGAUGCUUCUCCUCGCCAACUUUCUCGUCGCCGACUUCGACCAACCUGCUGAUUUCUGCAUCACUUCCCUCUUUUGGUUUAUUUCUCAUUAUUCAGUCAUGUGUUUCGGCCUCCUCGUCGCUAUAGUGUCGACUGUGUUGGCAUCUGCCGUUACCGUGUUUCUUCGUCUGCACCGCAGCAUCGGAGUCGAAGUCACCGCCAGAGUUGCCGCCUCCAGAAUGGUAUACUUUCUGGUCCUCGGAGUCAUCUCAAACUCGUUCAUGAUUCCGUUCUUUUUUGUUCAAGGUUUCAGGGAUACGCCUCGAGAGCGUAAUCAAAACGCCCCGACCCUCGCCAUGAUCGCCUCGGUAGCGGCCAACGUCUCGGGGCUGAUGAACGGUGGGCUUUAUCUGUUCCUUAAAUCUAGCACCUCAUCGACUGUUGGGCCCAGGAAUAAGGCCGGGGAGUAUGAAAACAGAAGGGAUCGGUACAAGGUCGAGCGCCAGGAUUCCAACGACCCCGAUGACAACUUUGAUGGCCAGUUGAUGAAUCCAGUGACUGGCCCCCGGGGCCUGCGCCGAAUGGGCAGCGAAGCGAGCCUGAUCACCACCGAGAAGGAAGAGGAAGCACUGGAUGGCAGGAGCAUAAACUCGACCUCGUUUAGAAAUGGCAGACGGAGCCCGGACUCCAUGCGCUCUAACAGGCUGGUUUCGGCCGUGGCAUCCGUCCUGAUGCCCAAGGCACCAGAGCCCGCACGCAUCCCUCAGACAACCGCGGGCCCCCACAUGCGCAAACGCUCAUAUUCAUUAUUCCCGAGGGGGACCAUUUCUUCAAAGGCGUCGUUGCUACUGCCCGCUACCACGUACUCGCCCGCCGACAACCUCAAACCGCCACCGUCGAUGGCAAACCUCUCAAACAUGCGUCACCGAAGGGACUCGUCACUGGUGUCUUCGGCCACUGUUCAGAUUGGAAUUCGUCUUUCUUCCGUCGACGACAUGCCUCCGCUCUCCCAAAACAAGAUUGUGGCUAGCGACCAUGUUGUCCACACCCUCGGUUGUCCCAAUGCACCCCCGGGCCUGAACACACAAAGUCCCAAACGCGCCGGAGCCGUUGGUGCUUCCGCCUCUUUUACCGAACCGGUCGACCAAGAGCCCCAAAGAGACCCCGUCAAAGCCGUCAAGAUGAAGACCCUCCCACCUGUCCCGAAAAUCAACAGCCAAGUUCCCGCGGCCGAGGCGGCGGAGGAGGAAUUCACCCUGAGUCCAAAAGUCUACAGCCCCAGUUCCCCGUCUAAGGCUCGGCUGCCGAGCCCGAAGGGUGUCGGCUUCAGUGUGCCGGAACCCAAGGGGCCCGGCAGCCCUCCUCGGAGCCCACCACGGCGCCGUGGGACGGGCGAGACUACGCCGCCGAUGAUGAACGCCAAGGGCGAUUGGAUCUAG